CAUCAAUUUUGCAAUACGGUGGACGAAUACCAAAAGGCAAUGAACAAACUAGCUGGAAGGCUGAUGUGGCUGAUGCUGGGCUCGCUCGGCGUGUCGAGCGACGACGUCAAGUGGGCCAGCCCGAAGAAGGACGGCACCCAGGAAGGGUGCGCGGCCCUCCAGAUGAACUCCUACCCGGCCUGCCCGGACCCCGACCGGGCCAUGGGGCUGGCCGCGCACACGGACUCCACCAUCCUGACCGUCCUCCACCAGAGCAACACGAGCGGGCUCCAGGUGCUCCGGGAGGGGGCCAGGAGGUGGACUACGGUGCCCCCGCACCCGGGGGCCCUCGUGGUGCACGUGGGCGACCUGAUGCACAUACUGUCCAACGGGUCGUACCCGAGCGUGCUCCACCGGGCCAUGGUGAACCGGACUCGGCACCGCCUCUCCGUGGCGUACCUCUAUGGGCCCCCAACGAGCGUCAAAAUAAGCCCAAUUUCGAAACUAGUCGAUCACUCUCACCCCCAAAUGUAUAGACCGAUUACUUGGACUGAAUAUUUGGGGACUAAAGCUAAGCAUUUCGACAAGGCGCUGACGUCAGUGCGCCUCUGCGCGCCACGGACAGGAUUUGUCGACACCAAUGAUCAUAGUAGUGUAAGAGUUGGAUAGAUUUUGGAUAAUUGAUUGUGUAAUUAUAUUAUCUUUAUAGUAGUGUUUAACUUUAAUUUAACCAA